GGGGUGCCUGUGCAGAAUCGUGCAGGUUUUUAAUUUAUAUUAUUAUUAUUUUAUCUUUUUUUGGGAGGGGGAACGGGGGGCGUAUGAAAGGAAGAUGGGGAUAUGGCGAGGAGAGGGGGAUAUGGAGAGGAGGAGGAGGAUGUGGACGAGGAGGACGACGAGGAUAGCGAGGACAACGAGGAGGAGGAGUCAAGAUGGGGGAGGAGAAGAGAUGGACGGAGGGAAAAGAGGAAGGGAAAGGGGAGGAGGAUGAGUGGGAGGAGGAGGAGACAUGGACGGCGAGGAAGGGGGAGGACACGAGGAAGGGGAGGACACGAGGAAGGGGAGGACACGAGGAAGGGAAGGAGACGAGGAGGCAUGGAAGAUGAGCAACAGACUACUCAGGCCGGUAGUUCAGGUUCUGUCGGGUCAACGGUCGCGCAGACCCAGAGUCAGUCCGCUGGCAUAAUGGCAAGCCAGCCACUGGUGUUGACGUCCGAUGAGAUUGCCAUACAACAAGCAGCAUUGCAGGAGGCACAACUACAGAAGGCGUUAGGAGAUAUAAAAGCGGAGAAAGAAAGAAUGAUUAGAAGAAGAGCCAGGAUGCAAUGGAGACAAGCGGACGUUAGUGAGUUAGAGGAGAUGGACCUGACGCUCGUGACUUAUGAGGUGAGGAUCGUACGGUCCGUCCUGCUAAAUGUAGUUGAGAUGCAGGACCAUCAGACAACCAUCCUUCAGGACAUCCAGCAAAGUCUGACCCUGUUGGUUGGGCAAGCGCAGGCUAUGUCGCCAAUGUUCGGGCCUGGUGCCUGGCCCAUUGUACAGCCUCCACUUUUUGUCCCACCGGUGACUGGGGUAUCCCCAUAUGUAGUCCCAUCAUCGGUUGUGAUCGUUUCCCUGGGCAUGCCGCUAUCAGGAGGGAUCAUAGCAGGAUCUAGUUUGCAGGUUUCGGUACAGACAGUGGUCACCCAAUCUCCGUUGCAGAUUGCGGUUACCACGCAGCCUGCUGUCUCGCAGUCUGUACAGCCGCAGGGUACACAGCCCCAACAGCUAGCACAGCAACCUGUGUCACAGGGUCCACAGCCCGGAGUGAUGCAGGGACCGGGACAAACACAGAGGGUGCCAAAGACGACCAUCGCCGCUUCGAAACCCUUCACAGGGGAUAAGAGAGGUGAAGACCUCGACACGUGGUUGAGGGCAGUGCCGGUCUAUGUUAGGUGUAAACUUACGUUGCCGCACGAAGAAGUGCUUGUGGCUGCCUCCUACCUAGAGGGUAGUGCAGCAAGAUGGUUGAGUGGUUUAGUGCAGCUCCAGGGGUAUGGUCACGACUUCCGCGCUUGGGCGGGACAAACACAGUGGGUGCCAAAGACGACCAUCGCCGCUCCGAAACCCUUCACAGGGGAUAAGAGAGGUGAAGACCUCGACACGUGGUUGAGGGCAGUGCCGGUCUAUGUUAGGUGUAAACUUACCUUGCCGCACGAAGAAGUGCUUGUGGCUGCCUCCUACCUAGAGGGUAGUGCAGCAAGAUGGUUGAGUGGUUUAGUGCAGCUCCAGGGGUAUGGUCAUGACUUCCGCGCUUGGGCGGUCACCCAGAAAUUGGAUGACUUCCUUAAGCUGGUGGAGGAAAGGUGGCAUGAUCCUCAGGAGCCCCAAAGGGCCACUGACGCGAUCUUGACACUGCACACGCGGCAGUUCAAGUCAGUAAGGGAAGUCACCGACGCUGUUGAGCGUCUAAUUUGUGUCCCAGGGGUGCGCUAUGACCCCCAGUUAGACGACAACUUCCAGGAAGGAGUAGGUGCAGAGGCAGGCAGCGUAGAAGCUUCAGGGGGUGGAGUAGUCGCUGUUGUAACACAGAAAGGUAAGGCGACCGGUAGACGACGUGGAGGUUGCCAGUCUAGGAGUCAAGUUGACCCCAAUGCUCCUCCAUGGGAGAAAGCGGGUCUCACUGAGGAUGUGUGGAGAGACCGGUACACCCGGCAAGCUUGUAUUCGUUGUGGCCAAUAUGACCAUAACCAAUUCAAGUGCCGUAACAAGAAGGUGACCGACAAGAUCCCACCUACGAUGGGGCAGGCGGUAGGAUCCUCCCAUCCCGUUGGUAGCAAUGUGGCCAGCACUUCAGGCAAACACGUCGGGCCAGUAGGAAUAAUAGCUCUUCCUACUAGGGUCGAGGUGGUGGAGACACCCUCACCAUCUCGAGAGAUGGCCCAAGCUACUGACUCCGGCGUCGUCCCGCAAACACGUUCAGACCUAUCGAGCCUCUGUUCGAUGAAUGUGUUUGAGUCCUUAGAGGAGCUAGAGGAGGAGUGGUCUAGAUCAGACCCACUAGCUUCUUGGACGGCCCUAGUCAAAGCCCGUAAGGGUGAAAUGUUCGUCAGCGAGGUUGUCAUUGGCGGCCGCAAGGCCAGAGCCUAUUAUAACACUUGCUCGACCAGGAACUUCAUUAGUCACGCGUGCGUUGAGAGGUUGCACUUACAUGGGCAAGCGCAGCGCCUGAGUCGACCUGUGGAGUCGACCUGUGCCAACAAACAGCGCAUGGUAGUCAAUGACUACCUCCAAGAUGGGGAGUGUUGUUUCCCGUACACGGGAGGGGAAUUGAGACAUCAUGUCUCGUUCCUAGUUAGCGAUGAACUCCCCAUGGACAUGUUGUUAGGUAUGUACUACCUCUCUGUGGCACAGCCCCAGUUUGACUGGGACCGAAAAGUGGUCAAACACACUUUGCCAGGUGGAGGGACCGCCAGAUUGCACAAGUUCAAAGCUAGUAGUCUGAUUGAGUCCCAUGGGUGCAUGUGUGCAGCCGCGUUCUACAAUUAUUAUAAGCAAAAUCAGGAGGAGGGUAUGUAUCUAGUUUAUGUCUCUGCUGCACGCGAGUCGAUGAAAAUACCGCCGGAGAUAGAGGGAGUAGUUGCCAAGUACCCUGAUCUAUUUGAAGAGCCAACAGGGGUUGUCGAGAAGGAGGUCGUCCACGCGAUAGAGAUUAUCCCUGGGUCUAGCAUCCCGAAGGGUAGGAUCUACCGGAUGUCUUCAGGCGAGCUUGAUGAGCUUCGCCGACAGCUCAAGGAACUCAUAGAGAAGGGUUGGAUCCGGCCGAUGACUACGGAUGCUAGCCAAUAUGGCAUAGGCGCCGUACUUGCACAACAGGAGGGGAAAAAGUUGAGGCCAGUAGAGUACAUGUCCAAAAAGAUGCCCUCUCAGAAGUUGGCCAAGUCCACCUAUGAGAAGGAACUCUAUGCGGUUUACAAGGCUCUGACCCAUUGGAGGCAUUAUCUCCUUGGGAGGUUCUUCAUCCUCAGGACUGAUCAUCAGACAAUGAGAUGGAUGAGAACUCAACCGGUGCUCUCCGACGAUCUGAAGCGUUGGAUCGAAGUCAUAGAGCAGUAUGACUUCGAGCCUCAAUACAUCAAGGGCGAGUACAACAAGGUUGCUGAUGCCUUGUCGCGUAGACCAGAUUUCUCUGGUGCGUUGAUCACUGAGUUUGGGCUUGCGGACAAUGUUACUCAGUCCAUGGUGGAAUCCUAUCAUGAGGAUCCAUUCAUGUCCGAGAUCAUUCGCAGACUCGAAGCGAAGGACAAAGUGACUUCUGCCGAGUUUGAGUUGGUCAACGGCUUGCUGUUCCUCUAGAAGGCUAGGAAUAAACGUUUUUGUGUCUC